AUUAGGCAGAGAUAGAUAUAGUGGCCAUAUAUAUCACCAUUAUCCAUCCACUUCGAUUCACUGAACUCCACCUGUAUGGCUUCUUCCAUAUCUCUGCAGCUGCUUCCUCCACUUGGAUCUUCAUAUUCUAAAUGUUUUUCCGCAAAUCAUCAGCUUUACAGAGGCAAACUCCAAUGCAUGAAUAUGCGGUGCUUGAGUUCAGAACCUGAAAUAAAAACUUUCAAGGAAACUGAGGUUGAAUAUAAGGUGUCAUUUCUUACACGUCGGAAUAUGAUUGGGUUAACUAUUGGCGUAUCUAGCCACUUACUAUACUCAUCUAAUGCCAAGUCAGCUGGUUUGCCACCAGAGGAUAAACCAAUGCUAUGUGAUGAAGAGUGUCAAAAAGAGCUUGAAAAUGUACCCAUGAUAACUACAGAGUCAGGUUUGCAGUAUAAAGAUAUAAAAGUUGGAGCAGGCCCUAGUCCUCCUGUUGGUUUUCAGGUCGCAGCAAAUUGUGUUGCAAUGGUUCCAUCUGGACAGAUAUUCGAUAGUUCUUUAGAGAAAGGUCAAGUUUAUAUCUUCCGCGUUGGAUCUGGGCAGGUGAUCAAGGGUUUGGAUGAAGGUAUUCUGAGCAUGAAAGUUGGAGGAAAGCGCCGACUAUAUAUUCCCGGAUCUCUGGCAUUUCCGAAAGGUCUGACUUCAGCCCCUGGAAGGCCGAGAGUGGCUCCUAAUAGUCCAGUCAUUUUUGAUGUGAGCUUGGAGUACAUCCCAGGUCUUGAAAUUGACGAUGAGUGAAAAUCUUUGUUUAUAAUUUUUUCUGCCAAUUUCUUGUAUUAAAUCCGUGAGAGCUGAAAUAGACAAGUAAAUAGUGUAUGUGAUUGCAAUAUCAGCAUUAAUCCAUUCAUUUUACAUAA